AUGAAAGCGGAGCGCGAGCCACUCCUCGCAGCCAAAGCGCGAGAAACAGCCAGCGUGAACGCCUUCUCGCCAGUGCAAAUUGGGCCGCUGCGCCUGCGAAACCGAUUCGUCAAGGCCGCGACCCAUGGCGGCCACUCAUUUGCAUCGAUGGAGCGCAUGUACUGCCGAAUGGCCGCAAAUGGCGUCAGCCUGCUCACGGUGGCGUACGUCGCAGUCAGCGAGAGGAACAAGACGUUCGACAAUCAAUGCCACAUUUCGGAGGCGAAUCUGGGCGAUUGGAGGUCGCUUGUGACAAAGGUACGCGCCGCGGGAGGCAGCAUGUCGGCACAGCUGCACCACCCUGGCCUGUUUGUCAUGUCGAGCAGCGGACAGCCCAUGGGCCCCAGCUUCUUCCUCCUACCGAGCAAGCCGGCGUGGCCACGCACCAUGACGCGGGCAGACAUUGCCGCCGUCACCGCCGAGUUUGCGACCGCAGCCGCGCUCUGCGCCGAGGCUGGCUUUGCCUGCAUCGAGGUCCACUGCGGUCAUGGCUAUCUCUUGAGCCAGUUCCUCACGCCUCUGAUCAACCGCCGGAGCGAUGAGUACGGCGGCAGUGUUGCACAGCGCGCACGCUUUGCGGUGGUCGUCCGCACCCUGUUACUACUCCGCAACGUUGAGCUGGAUCAAACUGAAUAUUGCUCCUGA